GCGGAAGUUAAUUAAAUGGCUCCAACAUGAAACUUGUUAACUGUCUAUGGAUCGACCUGGAUCAAACUGUAUGACAUUGUUUUACUACUGUAUAUCAGGGGUUUUUUUUGUAAAAUUGGUGGCUGCAGAACAGGUGGGGCCCAUUUAGGUCGGAGGUCCGUUAUAGAGACAUCCCCUUACAGUAGGCCCUGGCCUACUUUUGCUAAACUCGAGACUUGGCGCCUCCCUCCAUGAUGCAACGACAUUCAGCCAAGUUUGGAACGCAUUGACGUCGUGCGUGGUCACGGGUGCAAUGGAACGCAGAUGACUCUUGUAAAAUGUAUUGAAUUCCUGGAAUUUUUUUGUGCGUAUCAUGGGUCAAACAUUGGCCACUGAAAGAGCAGGAAUUUUGAAGGGUUUCAAGUCUGUGAAAGGUUUUCUUCAAAGUCAGGUCAUCUCAUUACAUCAAGUUGCAACUCUUAAGUAUGACGAGUUUGUUGAAGCUGUAGAUCAUCUGAACAAAGUUACUAGAGAUGUAAGCGAUACAGGUGGCAAGGGUUUAGUGUUUGCUAUUAAAAGCCAUUCUGAUGACACCGUUUUAUGGAAGAAAACUGUCAGAAUCAAUUGUUACAAGGUUGACUUGACCAAUGGUCAGAUUCUGUCGACGAGGGAGCUAAGUUUGAGGCAGUUUAUAAGAGUUUUUGAAAGUCUUUCACAGCAAGUUCAAGCCAUUACGGAUGAAGAAAACUUGGAAAAAUCAACUUCCCCAGAAUCGGAUAAUAAACAAAGACCGGAUGGCUGCCCUCCUGAGUUAUGCGUGUCCACUCUGUUCCUUAACAUUGAUCAAAUCUCAAAGGAAGCAGAUGAAAAUGAGUGUUGUAUAUGUCUAGAUAACAGGUCGGAGGUCAUCCUCAGUUGUACGCACAGCUAUUGCCAAAAGUGUAUUGAUCAAUGGAAGGCAAAACACAGUACGUGCCCCCAGUGUCGAGAUGAGACGGGAGGAGUGGAAGACGUGUGGGUGAUGUCAGACAAACCCGAUGACAAGGAGGUAGCAAACUAUGUUGUAGGGGUUGCAGAUACUGCCCAGCAUUUGGAUGUUGGCUAAUUUUUUUAUUUUCCCCAUAACUUUUAUUAAAAUGUUAUACUAUAAACUAUAUUAUAUAUUGUAUAAAUACAGUACACGUAUUAAACCUUGCAAUAAUGUGUCUGGAUGUUAAUAAUAAUUAAUUACGUGGAACUUCAUUGAUCUGUUUCCACAGCAAUUGUAUUUCACUUGAGGUUUAGCAUAAUAUACAUAAAGAUAUUGGUUGUCUGUAACAGAUGUAUUACACACAUUUAUGGUAUGAUUAUACUAUCUAAAUUUAUAUAUUCUUUGUUGAGUCCAUUACGACAAUAGACGAAUUAUUUUAAUUAUUGAAAUUUCAGUCUUUGUAGGAACCAAUAUUUCUUGACCAAAUAUUUUUGAAAGCAGACGAUGUCUUUAAAUUUAUAAGUGAUUUGGUGCAGUGAGAAUGGUUUUGUUUCCCAACCUCGAGGUCAGGAUUUCAAUCCCUCACUGUACUUACCGCUUGUGUCCUCGAUCAAAGCACUUUAUCUGCAUUGCUUCCCUCCACCCAGGAGUAUAAAUGAGUACCUGGUCCUGCACUGAUUACAGCAGCAAGACUUGAGCAUGUGGAUUCAAUGACCAGACAAAAGCUUUUCGUAUCUGCAAAGAGAGGCUCUAUGUAGAUAACCAAAUAGAUUUUUAAAAAUUGCAAUAAAACCUUAGAAUACGCACAAUGGUGCAGGUUUCCUCCAACGAGGGUCUUGUGCCACUGGACCUCUGCUGGUACCGCCACAGCCUGUAAGAUACAGGUUCAAUUCCAGUCUGUCCACUGUAUGUGUUUUUAGAAAAUGGCAUUUAUUCAUGUUUUCUUUCUCUAUCCAGUCGGAUCGUAGGGGGUUGAAAAUGCAAGGUGCCAUUUACUUGAUGCAAUAUUAUGCCUAUUUAGCUGAGUAAAUAUAUGUUAUAAACAUUUCUUCCAAUAAUAAUUUAUAGGUGUUUACAGGCCUUGGUAAUAAUGUAUAAAGCUGAAAUAAGUUGUAAUUAUUUUUGUGCUGUCAAACACUUGAUCAAAAAUGAUUUCAUUUUUAUUUGAUUGGUCACAAUGAUAUGAUAUCAUAAAUGGUUGAGUUGCUAAACAUUCCUUUUUUUUGUAAAUAAGCAAUUAAAAGAUACACUCUGUUAAAAUGUGUUAAAAAAUAAACAUGUUUAAAUUAAAGAUACACUGCCUGCCAAAUAAUCAGAAAUCUGAAAAUUUAUAUUAAAGCUUAAAAAAGCUCAUUUGAAAGGAUAAAUUAAGUUAUUAGCUUAAAAAAUGUUACUGAUUUCAGACAUGUUACUACAAAACCUUGAAAUCGAUUACCUGCCAAAAUAGGGUUUAUGUAAAAAAGUACAAGAAAAGUAUUAUUUACAUGUUUGUAAAUUCAUUUUAAUUUUCAUUCUGAUUUUGUAAGUUAAUAACUUUAUCCAAAUUGACUAUAAUUAGAAUAUAGAAUUUUUCAUUUUUCAGAUCAUGACAGACAGUAGAUCUUUAAUGUAUUUUUAUUGAUUUAUUUAUUAAUUUGGCAUCAUUGCAAAAACAGGUAACCCAUUGUCUAUGGAAAGAUGUGUGACUCACUGAAACAAUACAAUAACAAUGAAUUAAGUGAACCAAAAACAAAAUAUAAAGAACGAUUGAUGAAAAACUAUGA